AUGUCGGCGGACGAACGCAAGUGGGCAAAGACUUGGUACUCCGAGGGCAAGCAGCCGUCCGAGAUCGCCGGCCUGCUGGGCAGGGACACAUCAUCAAUUGCCCGCCUGUUGUGUGUGCAGAAGCCUGUGAAGAAGCAGGGCCGGCCUAGCGCACUCACCAAAGCUCAGAUCGACUUCUUGGAGCGCAAGCUUGACCAGAUGAUCGUUAAGGCGGACGGGCAGCACACCGUGACGGUGGAGAUGUUGCAGAAAGCAGCGAAGAUCAAAGCCUCUUCCCGAACCAUACUACGAGCCUUGCACGAGCGCAACAUCUUCUUCCGGAAGCUGCGAGAAAAACCGGUUCUCACACCAGAGGACGUGAGGGACCGUUUCCAGUUCGCGAAGACGUACCGCAACAAAACGGGUACCUGGUGGGCGAACCGGCUUGAUGCCUUCAUCGACGGGAAGCACUUCCAGGUCUAUCUCAACAGCAAGGCAUCAGGAACACUACAGGGUGUGCCAGCCGGUGACGGGCCUUGCCACGAGUACGCCGUGGCAGGAAGCAGCGAGACGGUCGUGAACCUCUUCGAGGAGGCACAAGAGCCCUUCAAUGCGGGUGCUUGGGUCAAGCGUUGGCAGAAAGCAGAGGUGCUAGCCAGCGCCUCUGACCCUGGCAACAAGAAGAAGGGGAGAAGUUCACUCCUCUAG